AUGACUCUAUCUUCCUUCUUGGCCUCAACUUUGGUCUUCCUUUUAUGCGUUGACAAUGUGCAUCACGUACAUGGACUACCUGCUGAGGUUCAUCCUCGUCAACUUGAAAGCGACACCGUUUUGGCAGAAGCCUUUCUGUGUGAUGCUGAUUUCAACAAGAUAUCCUCUGAUAAUGUCGUCAAUAAGGGAGACCUUAUCCGGAUAUGUGUCAAGACACAUGUACGAGCCAAGGUUCAAGGUAUUUCCAUUGCCAAGGUCAUCGACUUUUUUCUUGUACGAGAGUUUGAAGAUGCUGGUGACAUGGAACAAAUAUUGCUUCAAGGUGGAGUUGUGGCAAAUGCCAAUGACGAAUUGACAUGCCAACCAGGAUCCGAACUAUGUGUUCUCGAAUCCGCUCCAAUGGAUGCGUUUUUUGGACGGGAUGGCACGGUAUCUGCGAUUGGUAGUGUACUAUUGCAGUAUGAUGACAAUGAUGUCGGAACAUCUAUUCCUACCGUAACUGUGACUACCGCUCCAACAAUAGCUCCAACAUCCUUGACACCGCCGCUUGCUCCAACAAGUGCUCCAACAACAACAACAAGUACUCCUCAAAACGAGACCGAGACGCUUGUUCCAACUUCUACUAACGAAACGGAAACAGCUGUCACUCCUGCUCAAUUUGGCAAUCGGCAACUCCUACUGGAUUCCAGAGUCAUUGUGGAGACAUCUUUCACUGUGGUGACUGCUGGAAGUGGAACUGGUUUCCUCAGUGACUUUCGGGAACAUUGGGAUUCCUCACCAACCUCCAUCAAGGUGUUGUACGUCUUUGCAUUUCUAUUUUGCUUUAUGAUCCUUUUUGGGUUGGGACUGGGGCUCUUGCUGUGGGCCGGGUUUUGUGGCAACACCACGGAGCUUCGAGAGAGGUUGAAUCCAUUAUUGUCACGGGAACAAAAUAAUGCAGCACCGGGCAAGGAGACGAACAGAGACGAUCACACAAUGGACGAAUCGGUUGGUGCUUUUUCACCAGCAUUUGCCCGAAACAAGGAACCAGAUCAUUAUGACGACGAACCCGAAACAAUACCGAAGCAGAUUGGUUUCAAGAGACCAUUUGCAUCAUCUGGGGGACCUGAUAUGGAAGCCCCUGGUACGGAUGAUGUUGCAGCACCAGGGCGAAAACCGCGAAGACCGAGAAAUUCUGCAGCCAACAAGACAUCCCGAGAACGAAACUCGGCAUACAAGGCAAGAAUGGCACGGAACAACUACAGACAAACUGCAAAUCCAAAUCGAGAUUUGGCAGCAAGCUUUCUCAACAACUUCCCAAGGAGAAAAGUUGCGUCGGUCCGGUCCAAGACUCCACGAUCCAUCCACGAACGAAAUCGACCAUCGGUUGGAAGCAGCAAUGUAGUCGACGACAUGCCUCGUGAAAAGACGGCUUCUGGUAUUCGAUGGUUGAGAGAGAGGGACCAACUCCAACAAAGUACACAUUCCACGAAUACUACUGGAUCGAGAAGAAGUGUCAACCAACAAAAACUCCAAGGAAGCUCACAUGUAUCGGGGCUUGCACCACGCCGAGGUGGUAUUGCAUUGCAUGGAAAUCCCAUACCAAAGUCUUCACAAAGACCCAUACCAAUGCCUUCACAAAGGCCCAUACCAAAGUCUUCACAAAGGCCCACUUACCCAAAGCCUCUAAUGGAGCCAAUUCCAGAUAUUCCAGAGAAUUUUCCUUCAACCGACAAUGAUGAAUCGAGUCGAAGAGUUCACUUUGACGUCGAAUCCUCACCAGAUAUGAAUGGUGACGAUAUUCGACACGGAAAAGACAACCCCAGGCCAAUCGACUAG